UAGGUGCAUACCCGUCUACCCGCAGAUACGGUUUCCUGCAUGACCCGUUUAAAAGCGGCCCAUCCUCUCCGCUGCUGUCUCGCUCCACCUCCGUCCACUAAAGAGCGAUGAGGAACCCACAACCGUCCGUCCUUCUCUCAUUUCUCGGUGAGUUGUUGGCUUCAGUUGUUUUUUUUUUAAAAGUAAAAUUUAGUUCCGAGAUAAGCAGCUGUGUAAAAGUACAAUGUCAUUUGGAGAGGCGCAUUACGCGCGUCAGAAAACAAAUCGCUUCAGCCUAUGGUAUUACAUGUCCACUGGCUACGCACUUUUUUAAAUGACUUGUUUUUAGAUAAGGAUAGAUAUAGAGAGAGAUUGACAGCGUCAAUUGACCGUUAAUUUUAAGGUGUGAAAAGUUAAAUACCCUAAUCCUAUAUGAAUGCACUGAUGAUGUAUGCUAAUAUAUGUAUUUGCGACAUGGCUGUAUAGACGCCAUAGACGCCAUAAUGGACUACAUCACGUCUCAGGGCAUGGUGUACUCAUGGUGUACUCAUGGUGUACUCAUGCCCAGGGCUUCUCUGAGACAUUCCUAUCUCAAAUAGAACUAUGGGAAUGGACUGGCUACAUAAAUGAUACAUACAAGAAGGCUUGUUGUGUAUCCACACUGUUACAUUAAACAUACUCGUUCCAUUUAACCCAAUGGGACUUCCAAUGACUAUUUCUACUUGACGUUAUAUCUAAGCUCAUAACAACCUACCCACUGGGCACAGACGUCAAAUCAACAUUGGUUCAACGUAAUUUCAUUUAAAUGACGUGGAAACAACGUUGAUUCAACCGUUGUGUGACAAGUGGGUAUUAUCAUAAGGCCUCUGUUUUUAUUGGCCUCAUCAACUCAGCUGUUUGGAAAAUAUGUUGGCUGCCAUGGCCACAGAAACAGGGAGCGGGAGAGCAGGGUAGUAUUUACCUGUUGAUUGGUUAUUCUUGGUACUGUAUAUAGGUACCUGGUUACAAUUCUUUCUCACUGUCUAUCUGGCUGUCUGACGAAGCCAUAUUCUAGUCUUGUUGCAGGUUGACGUUUAUUGGUGGUCCUCUGUAGCUCAAUUGGUAGAGCAUGGUGCUUGUAACGCCAGGGUAGUGGGUUCGAUCCCCGGGACCACCCAUACGUAAAAAAUCUAUGCACACAUGACUGUUAGUCACUUUGGAUAAAAGCGUCUGCUAAAUGGCAUGUUAUUAUUUAUUGUCAUGAGUCUUGCCCUGGAGGCAGAACUGAGCGUUUUUCUUCUAGAUGGGCCAGCUGCAAAGUCAGAAUCUAGGGUGUGCACCCACUCCGCCCAGAGUGGGUGAAAACGUGCUUUGCUGUUGAAAUUUAACUUCCUUAUGUUAUAAAAUACAUUUUACAGAGACAAAUAUGAUUCUUCGUGUUCUGAAUCGUUCAGUGGGAUCUUUCGCUAACAUAUCAUUGACAUUAUAUCCAAAACGUUGGAUUUCGUAAUACACUGAACAAAAAUAUAAACGCAACAUGCAACAAUUUCUAAGAUUUUACUGAGUUACAAUUCAUAUAAGGAAAUCAGUCAAUUGAAAUAAAUUAAUUAGGCCCUAAUCUAUAGAUUUCCACGACUGGGAAUACAGAUAUGCACCUGUUGGUCACAGAUACCUUUUUUUUUUUAAAAGGUAGGUGCGUGGAUCAGAAAACCAGUCAGUAUCUGGUGUGACCACCAUUUGCCACAUGCUGGGCGACACAAUCCCCUUUGCAUAGAGUUGAUCAGGCUGUUGAUUGUGGCCUGUGGGAGGUUGUCCCACUCCUCUUCAAUGGCUGUGCGAAGUUGCUGGAUAUUGGCGCGAACUGGAAAACACAACACGUCAAUUACAUGUUAUGUUUAUAUUUUUGUUCAGUAUAAGUUGAUGAUCCCUGGCAUAUAUGAAAAUACUACAUGUCAUGUCUCAAAAUCGAUAUCUAUUUUACCUCUAUUGUUUUAUAUCCUCCGGAUUCGAGAAGAAAUAUGAUAAGUUCAAAGGUAAACCUGUCAGUUGGCCUUAAUUUGACGGUUAGCCUGUCAGUUGGCCUUAAUUUGACGGGGAGCCUGUCAGUUGGCCUUAAUUCGACGGGGAGCCUGUCAGUUGACCUUAAUUCGACGGUUAGCCUGUCAGUUGGCCUUAAUUCGACGGUUAGCCUGUCAGUUGGCCUUAAUUCGACGGUUAGCCUGUCAGUUGACCUUAAUUAGACGGGGAGCCUGUCAGUUGGCCUUAAUUUGACGGUUAGCCUGUCAGUUGGCCUUAAUUCGACGGGGAGCCUGUCAGUUGGCCUUAAUUCGACGGGAGCCUUCAUUGGCCUUAAUUCGACGGGGAACCUGUCAGUUGACUAAUUGACGGUAGCCUGUCAGUUGGCCUUAAUCGAGGUAGCCUGUCAGUUGGCCUUAAUUUCGACGUUAGCCUGUCGAUUGGACCUUAUCGACGGGACCUGUCGUUGGCUUACUCACGGGAUCCUGUCGUUGUCUUUUCGACGGGAGGCCUGUCGUGGCCUUAAAUCGACGGACCUGUCGUUGGCCUACAUUCGCGGAGCCUGUCAGUGGCCUUAAUCGCGGGAGCCUGUCAUUGGCUAUAGAGGGUUAGCCUGUAGUUGGCCUAUUCGACGGGGAGCUGUCGUGCCUUAUUCACGUCGCCUGUCAUUGGCCUUAUGCGAGUUAGCUGUAUUUGGCGCUUAAUUCUCGGGGAGCUGUCCAGUUGCUUAAUUCAUCGUGGGAGCUUUCAGUUUGCCUUAAUUCGACGGACUGUCAAGUUGACCUUAUUCGCGGGAGCUGUCGUGCCUUAAUCGACGGGAGCCUGUCAGUUGCCUUAAUUCGACGGGACUGUCAUGCCUUAAUUCGACGGACCUGUCAUUGGCUUAUUCGAGGGGAUCCUUCAGUUGCCUAUUCGAAGGUUACCUGUCAGUUGCCUAAUUCGACGGAGCCUGUCAGUUGGCCUUAAGUCGACGGUCGAGCCUGUCAGUUGGCCUUAAUUCGACGGUAGCCUGUCAGUUGGCCUUAAUUCAUCGGGGAGCCUGUCAGUUGGCCUUAAUUCAUCGGGGAGCCUGUCAGUUGGCCUUAAUUCGACGGGGAGCCUGUCAGUUGGCCUUAAUUCGACGGGGAGCCUGUCAGUUGGCCUUAAUUCGACGGGAGCCUGUCAGUUGGCCUUAAUUCGACGGGGAGCCUGUCAGUUGACCUUAAUUCGACGGGUAGCCUGUCAGUUGGCCUUAAUUCGACGGGUAGCCUGUCAGUUGGCCUUAAUUCGACGGGGAGCCUGUCAGUUGGCCUUAAUUCGACGGUGAGCCUGUCAGUUGGCCUUAAUUCGACGGUUAGCCUGUCAGUUGGCCUUAAUUCGACGGGGAGCCUGUCAGUUGGCCUUAAUUCGACGGUCAGCCUGUCAGUUGGCCUUAAUUCGACGGUUAGCCUGUCAAUUGGCCUUAAUUCGACGGUUAGGUUUGGUCCUUUAUUUUUAAUUUUUUAGAGGAGUAUGUACACAAUUAACAUGUUAUCUUACCCAUUUGUCAAACGAUGCGUUUUCGCAUACUUUUUAUUCUUAAUUUAAGGUUAAGGCAUUAGGGUUAGCAGUGUGGUUAAGGUUUGGGUUAAGGUUGUUAGAUUUAAAAUCAGAUUGUAUGACUUUGUGGCAGUGCCAGCUAGUGACCACUCUGCAGAGCUGCCUUCAGUACAUGAGUCAUCCCAAUAAAUGCCAACCUGCAUUUUUUUUUUUUGCCGCCUUGGGGAUUGAGAUGUAAACGUGCCACCGAUCAUAUCACCUCACAACAUUAAGCCAUGUCUCAGGAAUGUGGCAUUGACGAGCAGAGCCACGUCGGGGCACCAGUCUGUUUAGAGAUCUUGCCAUGCUAAACAUGACAAUUUCAUCAGGAGUUGACAAGAGGGCAGAAAUAGACUGGCAAAUAGAUUUGGCACCACAAGAACCCCAAUCUGCUUGGCGUGGCGCUUGGCAUGCUGAGCGCUGCCACUCUACGUGCCAGGCAUGUUCACAACAUCAACUGCUCUCCUCCAUCAUGUGAAUGGAAUGACCCAGGCAGGCACAGUAACGGUCAUUGCCAUCCCAUUUUGUAAAUAAUAAUUUGUUCCUAAUUGGCCUGCCUGGUAAAAUAAAGCUUAAAAUAAAACAUUAAUUCAACUCCAAGCCGUUAAGAGUUUCAGGAUGACAUGCAUCAAAUAGAGAUCAGACAACUGCCAUGGCCCGUGGGGUGAUUUUGCAGGAUUGAGGGUACAACUGCUUUGCUAAAAAAGGUAUUUUGUUCUUUCUCUCUCUCUCACAGGUCUGUUGCUGGUCAGGUCUGAUGUACAUACUACAGGUGUCCUCUCAUCCACACAGCCAGCCCCAACCAGCCCCCCCUGUCAGGCAGCAACAACAACAGGUAGGCCCUCUUCCUGGACUGGUACUGCUGACUGACUGACAUACUUUAUAUAUUUACAGUAUAUAUAUAUAUAUAUAUAUUUUGUAACUAUCUAAAUGUAUGACUGACUGGCUUAUUGGUUGAUUGGUGUUAUCCAGUCCAGGAGCAGUCCCGUCCUCGCAUGGAGAAGGUGAUGAUCCAGAAGUGUGACUCCAGUCUGGAGAGCUACUGUCUCAAUGGAGAAUGUCUCCUACUGCUGGACAUCAACGAACACCACUGCAAGUAAGAUUAAAAAAAAAUAUAUAGGAUUUAUUGUCACGUACACCGGAUACACUACACCUUUAUGUGUGUGUGUGUUUUGUGAUACAGCUCUGUAAUGAGUGUGGGGGUGCUCAGCAGUGUGGUGGAGAGUGUGUGUGUGUGUGUGACUCAUGUCCCUCUCUCUCUCCAGGUGUGAGAUGGGUUACUACGGGCCCAGGUGUGCUCACCUGGAGAUGGUGUUUCAGCCAAUGAGAGAAGAACAUGUUAUCCUGACGGCGGUAUGUGGGGGCCUUCUGAUUAUAGGCAUCGCUGGAGCGCUCUACUUCUUCUGCCGAUGGUGAGAGAGAGAGAGGGAACGUGUGUGUCAGAGGAGGCUGGUGGGAGGAGCUAGAGGAGGACGGGCUCUUUGUAAUGGCUGAAGUGGAACGGUAUCAAACAUAUGGAAGCCAUGUUUAACUCUGUUCCAAUCAUUCCAUUCCAGCCAUUACAAUGAGCCCAUCCUCCUAUAGCUCCUCCCACCAGCCUCCUCUGGUGUGUGUGUGUGUGUGUGUUUGUAUCUGUGUGUCUAAUUGCUGCUCCUACUGUUCCAGGUACAAGAGGAAUAGAUGUCCACCGCAACAGAAACCGCAGAUGUACCAGGAGGUGCAGAUGGCAUGAUGUGUGUGUGUGUGUGACAGCAGCCAUUAUUAUGUUACAUAACAUGCUGUAUCUCUGUUACCAAGGUUACGUUUAUUAGGGCACGCAACAGAAAACAUUUAAAAAAACAUUUUGUAACGGAAAAUGUUUCACUCAGUUUUCUUCCGUGUUGUGCCUCCACCGAACACAACUCAGCAUUUCUACAGUGUGCGUCUCAAACUGAAAACGUACUUUUGUCAGGAGUGAGUUUUGCAUGGCUGUAAAGAUGAUUUCUGUCUCCCUUUGUGUUAGAAUGGCUUACUAUCCUGUUCAGUUUGGCAUCAUGUCUGAUCCAGUUUUUGGCCAGAUUGAACUUAAAUUUUUAUAUGCAGUAUUCUAAAUUAUACUUUUUUUUUUUUUUUUCUUAUUUAUGAAAUUUCUAAUAAAACGUGUCCUCACUUUCUAGUUGUGUAUCUGUGUCUUCAGUACAGGCCAAUAGUUGGGCUAUCUGAAUCUGUCCUUAGCUCUGAACGUACACAAACACUCCUACAACCACGGCAACCAAUUAUUUUGCUGUGUGACUUGAGUUUUUAUUUUGGGAGCUGCAGAAUGGUCGGAAAGCGGAUGCUGAGUUUGAAUAUGAUUGGUGAGAAUGAAGGUGAUGAGAAUACUGGAUGGGACUGCAGCCGCUAAAGAGAGCUAAAAUCACAGUUAAAACAGCGGCUAGCAAGCCUACUGCUCGUGGCGCAAAUACUUCACAGUUUGUAUUAUUAGGAGUGCUGUUUGAUGUACCUGGGAGAUCUGUUUGAUGUUGCCAAGAUGGUGAAGAAAGUGUUGGGUACAGUGGAAUCUGUGAGGGUGACCAGAAGUGGAAUUUUGUAGAUUAUUAUUUGUUGGCAGAACAAAAAUGAGCGCGCCUUGUGCCUCACCAGAAUUAAGGAGAAAGAGGUGACUGCCUUCGAUUUUUGUAGCAGGGCACCAAUGAAAGGCGUGAUUUCUGGAGUGUCUGUGGAAGUUGGGGCUGAGGAGAUCAAGAUGAACAUUCCUGGAGUAGUUUUGGCUUGA